UUUUGGGGCUAUAAAACCAGAGCGUCUUCUUCGUAGUCAAAUCAAAGUAGUCGAGAAGUUCACCCAACGAAGAUGUUCAAAGUUCUGUUUCUCUUGUGCGCUGUUUGUGCCGCCGUGAGCCAGGCUCGUCCCAGCUAUCUGCAUGGAUACGACGCCCUGGAGUACGCCCCCAGUGUGGUGGGAUAUGAGAGCGUGGCCCUGCCCGCGGCCGUCUCCCACCAGAGCUCGACGGUGGUGCACGAGAAGCGUCCCUACUGGCGGCCCAUUGUCGAUCAUCACUCGCCGCUGCUGAGGGCCUCCUAUGCCCCAGUGUCCUCCAUCUCGUAUGCCCCACUGGGAUAUGCCGGAAGCAGUGCCGGAUGGUACGAGCCGGGAGCGGGCGCCUGGAGCGGAUCCCUCGGUGGCGGCUACGAGAGCAUCUACCUGAAGUAGAGCCUCAAGGAUAAUAAAUCUCCGAAUCUCACACAUUGGAA